AUGUGGUGUGAAAGGCAGAAUACAAAAGAGAGAGACAUGUUCCUUUCAGGUGUGGAUGCCUGGUGUAAAAUGUGCAGCGAAGGAGGCCUCCCCUCAGAAAUGCAAGAUCUAGAGCUGGCCAUCCAUCAUCAUCAGUCUCUGUAUGAACAAGUAACACAGGCCUACACAGAGGUGAGCCAGGAUGGAAAAGCCUUGCUGGAUGUCCUACAGCGUCCCUUGAGCCCUGGGAAUUCAGAAUCCCUCACUGCUACUGCAAACUACUCCAAAGCUGUGCACCAGGUACUGGACGUGGUACAUGAGGUCCUGCAUCACCAGCGGCGCCUGGAGAGCAUCUGGCAGCACCGAAAGGUCCGGCUGCACCAAAGGCUGCAGCUCUGCGUUUUCCAGCAGGAUGUUCAACAGGUACUGGACUGGAUUGAAAAUCAUGGAGAAGCCUUUCUGAGUAAACACACGGGAGUGGGGAAGUCUCUGCACAGAGCACGCGCGCUGCAGAAAAGACACGAUGACUUUGAAGAGGUAGCACAGAAUACAUACACCAAUGCAGACAAGCUUUUAGAGGCUGCAGAGCAGUUGGCUCAGACUGGGGAAUGUGACCCUGAAGAGAUCUAUAAAGCAGCCCGGCAUCUGGAAGUACGGAUUCAGGACUUCGUCCGGAGGGUGGAACAGAGGAAGCUUCUCUUGGACAUGUCAGUCUCCUUCCAUACCCACACCAAAGAGCUGUGGACAUGGAUGGAAGAUCUGCAGAAGGAGCUCUUAGAGGAUGUCUGUGCUGACUCUGUGGAUGCGGUUCAGGAGCUUAUCAAGCAGUUUCAGCAGCAGCAAACAGCCACCUUGGAUGCUACCCUCAAUGUUAUUAAGGAAGGGGAAGAUCUAAUCCAACAGCUCAGGGACUCCGCCGUUUCCAACAAUAAGACCCCACACAACAGCUCCAUCAGCCACAUUGAAUCUGUACUUCAGCAGCUAGACGAGGCCCAGGUACAGAUGGAAGAGCUCUUCCAUGAGAGGAAGAUUAAGCUAGAUAUCUUUCUUCAGCUUCGGAUUUUUGAGCAGUACACCAUUGAGGUUACAGCAGAGUUAGAUGCCUGGAAUGAGGAUCUGCUGAGACAAAUGAAUGAUUUCAAUACCGAGGACCUUACUCUGGCUGAGCAACGUUUGCAGCGUCACACUGAGAGGAAGUUGGCCAUGAACAACAUGACUUUUGAAGUCAUCCAGCAAGGGCAAGAUUUACACCAAUACAUCAUGGAGGUCCAGGCUUCAGGCAUCGAGCUGAUCUGUGAAAAGGACAUUGACCUUGCAACACAGGUUCAAGAGCUGCUGGAAUUCCUUCAUGAGAAACAGCAUGAGCUGGAGCUUAAUGCUGACCAAACUCACAAGAGGUUAGAGCAGUGCCUACAGCUCCGGCACCUACAGGCUGAAGUCAAGCAGGUGCUUGGCUGGAUCCGGAAUGGUGAAUCAAUGCUGAAUGCAAGCCUCGUCAAUGCAAGCUCCCUCUCUGAGGCUGAGCAGCUCCAGCGAGAGCAUGAGCAAUUUCAGCUGGCCAUAGAGAAGACACAUCAGAGUGCCCUGCAGGUCCAGCAGAAAGCUGAAGUGCUGCUGCAGGCUGGGCAUUAUGAUGCUGAUGCCAUCAGAGAAUGUGCUGAAAAGGUGGCCCUGCACUGGCAGCAGCUAAUGCUGAAGAUGGAGGACAGGCUCAAGCUGGUCAAUGCCUCGGUGGCCUUCUACAAAACCUCUGAGCAGGUAUGCAGUGUAUUAGAGAGCCUGGAGCAAGAAUACAGACGUGAUGAAGACUGGUGUGGAGGUCGAGAUAAACUUGGACCAGCAGCUGAGAUAGACCAUGUUAUCCCCCUGAUCAGCAAGCAUCUGGAGCAGAAGGAGGCUUUUCUCAAGGCCUGCACACUGGCUCGAAGGAACGCCGAGGUAUUCCUCAAGUACAUCCACAGGAACAAUGUCAGCAUGCCUGGAGUCGCAAGCCAUACACGGGGGCCUGAGCAGCAAGUGAAAGCCAUCCUGAGUGAGUUGCUGCAGAGGGAGAACCGGGUCCUUCACUUCUGGACCCUGAAGAAGCGGAGGUUAGAUCAGUGCCAGCAGUACGUUGUCUUUGAGCGCAGUGCCAAGCAGGCCCUGGACUGGAUCCAAGAGACAGGCGAAUAUUACCUCUCUACUCACAACUCCACAGGGGAAUCAGCAGAAGAAACUCAGGAGCUCCUAAAGGAAUAUGGGGAAUUCAGAGUACCUGCGAAGCAAACAAAGGAAAAAGUGAAGCUCCUCAUCCAGCUGGCUGACAGCUUUGUAGAAAAGGGACAUAUACACGCCGCUGAAAUCAGGAAGUGGGUCACCACCGUUGACAAACGCUACCGUGACUUCUCUCUCAGGAUGGGGAAAUACCGCUACUCCCUGGAGAAAGCCCUUGGAAUCAAUACAGAGGAUAACAAGGACCUCGAACUAGAUAUUAUUCCAGCAAGUCUUUCAGACCGGGAGGUAAAGCUGCGAGAUGCAAAUCAUGAAGUCAAUGGAAAAAGAAAGUCAGCCAGAAAGAAAGAAUUCAUUAUGGCUGAGCUUCUUCAGACAGAAAAAGCUUAUGUCAGGGACUUACAUGAAUGUUUAGAGACUUACCUUUGGGAAAUGACAAGUGGAGUGGAAGAAAUACCCGCUGGGAUCCUUAAUAAAGAACACAUCAUCUUUGGCAAUAUUCAGGAGAUAUAUGACUUCCAUAACAACAUUUUCCUGAAAGAACUCGAGAAAUAUGAGCAACUGCCUGAGGAUGUGGGUCACUGCUUUGUCACCUGGGCAGAUAAAUUUCAGAUGUAUGUCACCUACUGCAAAAACAAGCCUGACUCCAGCCAGCUCAUCCUGGAACAUGCAGGGACUUUCUUUGAUGAAAUUCAGCAAAGGCAUGGUCUAGCCAACUCUAUCUCUUCUUAUUUAAUCAAGCCUGUCCAGAGGAUCACAAAAUAUCAACUCCUCCUGAAGGAACUGCUUACCUGCUGUGAGGAAGGCAAAGGGGAACUCAAGGAUGGUCUGGAAGUGAUGCUCAGUGUCCCCAAGAAAGCUAAUGAUGCAAUGCAUGUCAGCAUGCUGGAAGGGUUUGAUGAGAAUCUAGAUGUCCAGGGAGAGCUGAUUCUUCAGGAUUCCUUCCAAGUGUGGGAUCCCAAAUCACUCAUUCGGAAAGGCCGUGAGAGGCAUUUGUUUCUCUUUGAAAUCUCUUUGGUGUUUAGCAAGGAGAUCAAAGACUCUUCAGGACACACAAAAUAUGUUUACAAGAACAAGUUACUGACCUCAGAACUGGGAGUGACUGAACAUGUUGAAGGAGAUCCCUGUAAAUUUGCCUUGUGGUCUGGACGAACACCAUCCUCAGACAAUAAAACAGUGCUAAAAGCAUCAAGUAUUGAAACAAAACAGGAAUGGAUCAAAAAUAUCCGAGAAGUCAUCCAAGAAAGAAUUAUCCAUUUGAAAGGAGCUCUGAAAGAGCCAAUUCAGCUCCCUAAGACACCAGCAAAGCAGAGAAACAACAGUAGAAGAGAUGGAGUAGAUGACGCAGACAGCCAAGGAGAUGGAAGCAGUCAACCUGACACCAUUUCCAUUGCAUCCAGGACAUCACAGAAUACAGUGGACAGCGAUAAGCAUUUCGUCUACGCCAGAGACACAGGACAGUUGUCUGGAGGGUGUGAACUAACCGUGGUGCUCCAGGACUUCACGGCGGGCCACAGUAGCGAGCUGAGCAUUCAGGUGGGGCAGACGGUGGAGUUGCUGGAGAGGCCAAGUGAAAGGCCAGGCUGGUGCUUGGUGCGGACCACGGAGCGGAGCCCACCGCAGGAAGGCCUGGUCCCCAGCAGCGCUCUCUGCAUUUCCCAUUCCCGCAGUAGUGUGGAGAUGGAUUGCUUCUUCCCUUCAGGAAAAGGUAGGCAACAGCCUGACAGGUGUUUCAGAUUGUUUUGGAUUUCCCCUUUUGUAUCAUAUAAGCUGCUUGGGCUGCUUUGGCAGUCGAUGUGGGCAAAGGACUGUGUAGUCAUGAGUGAGUUCUGUUACUGGGUCUCUGUGAGUCAGCACAGCACCAGCCCAGCUCCAUCCCAUGAAUCAGUGUUCGUAUGUCUGUAUCUUUUGCUGUGUGGUAGUUGUUACUGUGUUGAAAUGCAGGAUAAAAAUAAGACACAAUGAUUGCUUUCAGUGUCUAAAAGCUGAGAUG